AUGGCCGCGACGCGGGAGCUCAAGAUCAAGACGGGCGUCGUCAAGCGGACGCACAAGGAGCUCGGGCUCUACAAGAAGGAAUCGGAGCGCGAGGCGGGGAAACUCGAGACCAUGAAGGGCCAGGGAGCGGACGAGCACGACGUUCGGCACCAGGAGAACGUGCUGCACGAGAGCAAGAUGAUGAUACCGGAGACGGAGCAGCGGCUGAAGACGGGCGUGGCCGAGCUAGAUGCAUGCUUGGGCGACUUUGAUGCGGCGGACGAGCAGGAGGACGUCAAGGUGGCGCGGGAGGUGCUCGCGGCGGCGAAGGAGACGCUGGCGGCGGAGUGA